CGAGGGCCCUCCAGCCGCCGAGGGGCCGGGGCCCCGGGGGCCCGGGGGCCGGUCCUGGGCCUCGUCCCGGCCCGGCCGCCAUGGCCCAGCAGCAGAUGACCAGCUCGCAGAAGGCCCUGAUGCUGGAGCUCAAGUCCCUGCAGGAGGAGCCGGUGGAGGGCUUCCGGAUCACCCUGGUGGACGAGUCCGACCUCUACAACUGGGAGGUGGCCAUCUUCGGGCCCCCCAACACCCUCUACGAAGGGGGCUACUUCAAGGCUCAUAUUAAAUUUCCUAUUGACUAUCCAUAUUCACCACCUACCUUCAGAUUCCUGACCAAAAUGUGGCAUCCCAACAUUUAUGAGAAUGGAGAUGUGUGCAUUUCGAUUCUUCAUCCACCAGUAGAUGACCCACAGAGUGGAGAACUGCCCUCCGAGAGGUGGAACCCUACCCAGAAUGUCAGGACUAUCUUGCUGAGUGUGAUCUCCCUGCUUAAUGAGCCCAACACCUUUUCUCCAGCCAAUGUGGAUGCUUCAGUCAUGUUCAGGAAAUGGAGGGACAGUAAAGGGAAAGACAAGGAGUAUGCCGAAAUCAUUAGGAAACAGGUUUUGGCGACCAAGGCCGAGGCAGAGAAGGACGGCGUGAAGGUCCCCACAACACUGGCCGAGUACUGCAUCCAAACUAAAGUGCCUUCCAAUGACAACAGCUCAGAUUUGCUUUACGACGACUUGUACGACGACGACAUCGACGACGAGGAGGAGGAGGAGGAAGACGCCGACUGUUACGACGACGACGAUUCUGGGAACGAGGAGUCGUGACCUGUCCCCGCCUCGGGUCCCUGUACUGCCCCCCGCCCCCUCGGGCCAAAAGGAAGCGGCGGGAACCUAGCGGCGGACCAGCGACGGAACCGAUACGCAGGGAGGGGUGGGUGUCUUACUGCUGGUCCCGGGUGUGCGGAUCUGAGUUUGCUCCUUUUUAUGGACCUCUUAACCGAGAGGAUGCAGCCCUCCAGAAUGUCUGAAUUCUUGCGUUCCUUUCCCCUCUUCCAUCACUGUAUUAUGAUUCUUUCUUUUUUUUUUUAAGAAAAAAAACAAAAAAAAAAACAAAACCCCCAAUUUCCUUCUCAGUUGGGUCUCUACAAGGCGUUCACAGAGCAACAGUUUUUCGGUCUGUGUUUGAGAUUCUUGAAGAAUUCAAUACAGUCGCUCAGACAUUUAAUGUAUUUAAAGCGGGGAACUCAUUGGGCAGUUGGGGUUUUGAGAGUUCACAAGUGCUGCAUUUAUUGGAUAGCGAGAGGGGAAAAAAAGAAAAAUGAAAAAAAAAUUAAAAACCCCCACAAAACGAAACAAAAAAAAAAAAACAAAACAGAAAAAUUUGCCAAGGCUUAGCUGCUCUAUUUACGAUACUAGCGUGUGCACAUUCGUUUAGCCUUGUGGUGGUUUUUUCCCCCCUUUUUGAAGGUGUGUGGGGCCGAGAGUGUGAGCUACCGUGUGCUGAGCUUGAUGAAAUGUGUUACUGAAAGGUACAGUACUCCUUUUCAGCCUCCUGAAAACAAUCUCGUCGUCCGGACCUCGGCCACCCCGAGGCCGAGAGGAAAAGAAUCCGAUUUUCGUUUUUGAAAUUUGACUAGGAUCCAAAGCCUGAAAUAAACAUUCAUACUUUACAGAGAACCGA